CCGCCACCCACCGAUCACUCUCCAUUGGCACCUCCACUGCCGCCCCCAGAGAACAUAAAACGUACGUAACCCAUAACUUCCUUUCAACCUCACCACCACUACCACGACCAUUACCUCCCCCCCAAAUCCUCCAAAUCCCUCAACCCACCAAACCACCAAACAACCUACCAACCUCCCCAAACAAAAUGCACUUCCUCGCCCUCGCCCUCACCGCCCUAACGGCCACAUUCACCACCACCUGGGCGGCCUCAUCCGACCUCGGCAUCGAAGUCACCCACCCCGUCGAAUGCAGCCGCAAGACCCAGAGCGGCGACACGGUGCACAUGCACUACCGCGGCACGCUGGCGGCGGACGGCGCCGAGUUCGACGCCAGCUACAAGCGCGGGCAGCCGUUGGUGUUCAAGUUGGGGGCUGGGCGGGUGAUUAAGGGUUGGGACCAAGGCCUUCUCGACAUGUGCAUCGGCGAGAAGCGCACGUUGACCAUCCCCCCCGAGUACGGGUAUGGGAGUCGCGGCGUGGGCCCGAUCCCCGGCGGGGCGACGUUGAUCUUCGAGACGGAGUUGGUGGGGAUCGAUGGGGUGGCGAAGGAUGAGUUGUAA